UCUCUCGUUCUCUCUCUCGCUCUUCCUCCUGCUGCUGCUUGGUAGUUUAGUAGUGAACGGGCAGGACUCCCAGCAUUCAGCUCUCAUUUACUACUACAGGCUCUGCUCAGCCUCAGCAUUUACCCUCAAUAAUCACCCACAGUUUACUGGAUCAAAUGUGCCAAAGGACUUUAUUUGGGGUUACCCUUGGUUUGCUGUGCUUGUAUUUAGUCACAGGUACAAAUGCCAGCUCUUAUUUGCGGCUUGACCCACCGAGAAUUGUGGCAAGCUUUGGAAGUUCUAUCUCUGCAAACUGCAGCACAGAUGUUGCAGACUACUUGCUACUGGAUUGGGAGAGUCCUCUAGGAUUAAACAAAAAAACAGGACCUAAGACGGUCACCUGGAUAGUGGAGAGUCUGACAGAAUGGGACAUAGAACCAUCUUGCUACAUCAACGUUAAUUUUAACGUUCAAGAAGUACUUUCACUCAGCCUGACUGUAUACAAGACCCCUGACACCGUGUCCAUCAGCUCUGUCAAUCACGCUGGACCGAUGGUUGAGGGCCGACAGUAUGAGCUCAAGUGUGAUAUUCAGAACGUCGCUCCUGUUGGGAAUGUCACUGUGAAGUGGUACAAAGGAGACACUCUAGUGGGAAGUACAACCUUUACUGAAUCCAGCAAAACUCCAGAGAAUCUGUUAGCUACACUCCAGAUCUCCCCCAGCAGAGAUGAUGAUGGAGCUCAGUACAGGUGUGAAGCAGAACUGGAUCUGGGACCAGAAGGACCUCAACCUCCUCCUGCAGUGAUGUCAGAUCCCCUCAACAUUACUGUACACUGUACCCCAGGCCCCCCUGCCCCAGGACAACCCUUGGUCUCUACCAAGACCUUAAGGACCCUGGUGGCUCGUGCGCCCCCAUUUGCUCUGAAUCCAGAGCUGACAGGCCCACUACGAGUGAAACCCCAAUAGGCCGAAAUAGCUCAGUUGGGAGAGCGUUAGACUGAAGAUCUAAAGGUCCCUGGUUCGAUCCCGGGUUUCGGCAGAGGGUUGAGAUGUUUUGAGGAGCAGUGCUCUCUGCUGGUGAAACGCUGCAGCUGGCUGCAUUUUCUCUGUAGUAGAAGACUUCCUGUGUGACACCUGUGGACACAAAUCACUCCUGUGUUUACGGUGUGGUUCCAUGGUGUAAUGGUUAGCACUCUGGACUCUGAAUCCAGCGAUCCGAGUUCAAAUCUCGGUGGGACCUAAAUGUUGGUGGACCAUGUGGUGUUUGUCCUUUUUCAUGAUUUCUUUUUUUUUUUUUUUAUGAAAAGUAUCCUGCAUGAAAUGUUAGAAUCAUUUAUUCUUAUAUCAGUAGUUACAUUUUUAUGUUUAUUGGGCAAAAAUGUAUUAUAUAUAUUUUUAAUAGUAUAGAAAGAUGUUUUUAAGUAUAAAGAAAAAACUUGUGCUUGUGUAUAAACAUACUUUAGUAACACAUUAAGUUUUUUUAAGUAUUUUUUUUUUAUCACAUUCGGCCACACUGUAAUUUCAAGACAAUAAGACAAAUUAAAUUGAUUAAAUAAAAAUG